AUGUCGAAUCUGUGUGCGAAAGGUUUUCUCGAGAAGAUGAUGUCUGGUGUCGUGCCUUCCUCAAAGCCAAGGCGUCUGCAUUUCGAGGUGAGGACGGACACAACCAUUCUGUUCAUCAACACUUCAGAUCGGAAGCUGGCAAAUGGGCCAUACGUUGUUUGCAAAGCGACGGGACGGAUCCAUCCAGUGUGUAGGCUUUACAAAGAUACGCACCAUGCGUUUAUCAAAGCCAUACUUCCUAUCAGGACGAGGAAAGACAAUUUUCGUACACUCAAUCUGUCUGCCAGCGAGAGCCCCUUGAGCUCCAUGGAGCGGCUGCCUUCUUCAAGUAAGCAGCGUAUGGUUGCUGUUCCGUCAAGGCUUUACUCCACGCCCUCAAAAUCAAGACCUCUUGCUGGCCUUCGGAUAGCAGUCAAAGACAACAUUCACCUGCAAGGGCUCAAGACCGGCUAUGGUAACAAUGCUUGGCACGAGCUUUAUCCACCAGCAAAGACAACCGCACCUGCUAUAAAGCUUCUGUUGGCCGCUGGCGCUGUUGUUGUGGGCAAGCUCAAAACGAGUGAAUUCUGUGAAGGUGUUGAUCCUCACCAGUGGAUUGGUUCCACAUGCCCCGUAAAUCCACGAGGGGACGGAGAACAGAAACCAUCAUCUUCUAGCACAGGAAGCGCUGUGGCAGCCGCAGCCUAUCCGUGGCUGGAUUGCACAAUCGGUACAGACACCGGUGGCUCCAUCAGACAUCCAGCUGGUGUCAAUGGUCUUUUUGGAAACCGACCUACACAAACAGCAAUCAGUCUUGUGGGCGUCUUGGGUGCCACUGACCUACUGAACACACUGGGCAUCUUCACCAGGGACGCAACAACCUUCGGCAAGAUUGGCACGCAACUCCUGCCCAGCUCCUUCCAGCCAUUAAUUCCUAGAGAGGCACGAAAAUACAAACUUCUAUAUCCUGUCCGAUCAUUACAGCAAGAGCACCCAAGCCCACACCGAUGGUUUCCCAACCCUCUGGCCGACGCGUCCAAACUCACCGAAGCCGAGAAGAAAAUCGAAGCAUUCGUCCUGAAACUAGAGCAACACCUGUGCUGCGAAAGAACGGCCUUCAACCUCGACGAGCUCUGGCGCGCCAUGAAACCGCGAGGCCAACCGGACUCGCUCGACGAAGCCACCGGCCCCAUCUACUCGGCGCUGGUCUCCUACUCGGCGCUCCACGAAGGCGGCAUCAACGAUUUCCUCGCCUCGUACGCCUCCUCCCACCACGGCUCCGCGCCCAAACUCUCCGCCAUCGUGUCCCAACGCCUCGAAUACGGCCGCUCCCUCACCCGCGCCCAGAUCGCCCAACACCUCGACUCCAUGGCCGUGUUCGCGCGCUGGGUCGAGAACGUCCUCUUCGGCCCGCCCGACGAAGAAGCAAUCACCCUGCUCAUCUUCCCGCAGAGCUUCGGCCGGCCCAACUACCGCGACGACAUCCCCGAGCACGAGUGUGUCGUCUACGACAAAUUCAGCGUCUACUCCUUUGGCUACCUGGUCGGCUGUCCCGAUUACACGGUCCCGAUCGGCGAGGUGCCGUUCGUGAGUCGCGUGACGGGGAAGGCGGGUUAUCUGCCCGUGUCGCUGAGUAUGGUGGCGAGGAGGGGCAAUGAUGUGCCGCUCUUUGAUAUUUUGACGCUGUUGGAGGAGAAGGGCGUUUUGAGCGCGGUCAAGGCUGGAAGGAGGAUGUAUUGA